AAGUUUGGGGAGGGAGAGAGAGAGAGAGAGAAAGAGAGUGUCAUUGCAAGAAAUCCUGAGCCGGGACCAUGCCGUGCGGGCUGCUGCCCCCACCAGGGAAGAGCCUCCAGCUACGGAAGCAGUAUCUGUGCCUCAGUUUCUUGCUUCUCCUUCUACUGAACAAGGUCGUUCCAGCUCAGAGUUGCCCAUCUCCGUGCCCGGGCCGAUGCCCGGCCCAGCCGCCUGCCUGCGCCCCCGGGGUGCCGGCUGUUUUGGACAGAUGCUCCUGCUGCCUGGUGUGCGCCCGCCAGCGCGGGGAGAGCUGCUCCGAGCUACUGCCCUGCCAGGAGAGCAGCGGCCUCUACUGUGACCGCAGCGCCGACCCGAGAGCUGAAGUUGGCAUCUGCAUGGUUCUAGAAGAAGACAAUUGUGUGUUUGAUGGCAUAAUUUACCGAAGUGGUGAGACCUUUCAGCCAAGCUGUAAAUAUCAGUGCACCUGCAGAGACGGGCAAAUAGGCUGCAUUCCCCGAUGCAACCAUGACCUGCUCCUUCCUCGCCCUGACUGUCCUUUCCCAAGAAAAGUGGAAGUUCCAGGAGAAUGCUGUGAGCAGUGGGUUUGUGACCCAAAGGAAGAAGUGACUUUGGGAGGCCUUGCUCUAGCAGCUUACAGACAAGAGGCUACACUGGGGAUUGGUGUGUCUGACUCAAGCCUCAACUGUAUAGAGCAGACUACAGAAUGGAGUGCAUGUUCUAAGAGCUGUGGGAUGGGAUUUUCUACUCGGGUCACCAACAGGAAUCGCCAUUGCGAGAUGAUGAAGCAGACUCGUCUUUGCAUCGUAAGGCCCUGUGAGCAAGAGGCUGAACAUGCCAUUGAAAAGAAAGGAAAGAAGUGUCUCCGCACUAAGAAGUCCCUUAAGGCCAUCCACUUACAAUAUAAGAACUGCAGUAGCACCCAGACAUACAAGCCCAGGUACUGUGGCAUCUGUACUGAUGGCCGGUGCUGCACACCACACAAUACCAAAACCAUCCAAGUGGUAUUCCAUUGUCCUCAAGGACAAAUUGUCAAGAAACCUAUGAUGCUCAUCAGUACUUGUGCCUGUCACACCAACUGUCCCCAGAGCAAUGAUGCCUUCCUCCAGGAUUUAGAGCCCAAGCCUAGAAGAAUGAAGAUAUAAACUGUGUAGGCAACAUGCUGAGGAGAAAAUUUGGGAAUAAGCCAAAACAUGACCCAUUCAUUUGAAGGUAAAUGGGUUAAAGAUUGGUGAUUUUGUCCCACCUCAGCAUGUACAUAACAUGUUCUCUGGAAUUACUUAUAAAUAGCUAGCUUAUUUUGUGUUACGCUAAAGGAAGGAGAAAUUUAAUAAGUAAAGCAAGGAGUCCAUGUAGAAUAAAGGUAAGUAAAAGGUAAGGUUCAGUGACAGGUUAAUUUUCUAUGAUUCUGUUUAAACUAAUUAAAGGCGCUAUAAUUAUAGCACACAGCUCUGUAUUUUUUCUUAGUAUGCUGUACACAUUACAUGAUGGUGUCCUUUUGCUUUGAGUAGAGUGUUUGGUACUGGUCUUAUAAUGUCUCAAAUGACAGGAUUAUCCCAGAAUGACCCCAACCACAUCACUUGACAACUACAUUGUUGUAGAGUCAUCUUUUUGACUUAAGGGUGCUCUGCUGUUUAUCAAUCUGCAUCCAACAUUUGUGAGGCAUUUAAUGAAAACAAGCUCUAAACUAGCAUAGGAGAUAGCUCUGAUGCUGUAUUUUUAAGCCAGAACAGAGACUAUUCAUCCAUUUUAAUAUGUAUUGCACAGUAAGAGACAUGUAGUGUCUACACUCAUAAAUUGGGUAGUAGGUCACUUAGUGGAGUAAGUAAUAUCUAAAAGCAAGUUAAUCUGGCUUUAUAGGUCAUAAUAAGCCCUGUUGCAUUUCAAACUCUUUACAAUAAAAAGGGAAAGUAGAAUACUCAGCAGGAGGUAACCUUCUCCAAUAAAGCUAAUGCCACCUUCAAAGAACUUCCAGUCCUUUCCACAUGUUCAUUUUCUUUGCCAUUCUGAAGCAUGCUUUAGCUGUCUGUGUUGUUUUUGGGUGCACUUAUAACUUAAUUCCAGACAUGAGAAUAAGCAAUUGCCAUGAUGGUGCUAUAAACCAGCAGAAUGGCAUGUGAUCCCAAAUUUGAGAUUAAUGUAGCUAUGGCUUAUUAAACUGUAUAUGACCCAUAAUAAAACACUCUAUAAAUAAAAUACAUGUGUAGACAUGUGUAUCCCUAUGAGGCUGCAAGAUAAGCUACACCAUUAAAUCUGUAAAUUCUCUUGUUUUGUGCAUUGAACUUGUUUUCUUAUUAUGUUA